UUGGUCGUCUAGUUUUUUUUUUUACAUACAUUCAGGGAAAACUUUAAGAGAGCAGAUCAAGAAGAUGUAAUCUCAUAUAUAUUGUACUGUCCCUUAUCCAAGAUGGCGUCCGCGGCUGGAGGGGCGGUCGUUGGAGUUGCGGCGAAACAAGUGAAGCCUGUGCUCUCACAAAGCCUACCAGAGGCCAGACGAAGAGUCAGAAACCUAUACAGGGCCUGGUACAGAGAAAUACCUCAUACAGUCCAUGCCUACCAAUUGGACAUCUCUGUAAAGGCAGGCAGGGAGAAAGUGCGGGAACUUUUCAUGCAGAAUGCCCAUGUCAAGGACCCCAGGGUCAUUGACCUACUGGUCGUAAAGGGUCGACAGGACCUGGAGGAGACCAUCCAGAUCUGGAAGCAGCGAACACACAUCAUGCGCUACUUCCAGGAGACAGAAAAGAAGCGCCCCUCAGAUUUCUUGACGAGGUUUUACCAAGGCUAUGACUAGCUGCUCAACAGAGAUUCAGUGUUAUCUUGGAGAGCUAUAAAUCUAUCUGAAGAAAAAGUAGAAAACUGAAGACCAAAUGUGUCAUUUCCAUUGAGCACAUCCAUAGAUAUACCUGCUAGAGGACUGAAUACUAUCUUCCCUCUGUUCUUCACAAUCAAUCUGUAGCUCAUUACAGUAUGAAGUUAACUUAAAACUGUUUUUGUUGAAUGUUCAAAGUCUACAUGUACAUCAAAGAUGAAAAGUAUUAAACAUUUGAAACUGUGUCUUGUGAUAAUUUCCUGUUGGCUUGAUGUUCAUAGUGAUAAAGAAUCCUGAUCUCUUGAUAA